AUGCUUCAGUUCCCAGCCUUGCCACUAGGGGUGGCCGCGAAGCUGCGCGGCCCCGGUUUCCAGCCGGGCCUUUUUCCCAGCCGGGCCCAAGCAUGGCUGCCCCCAGGGCUGCCGGUUGGGAAGCUGCCGUGCUCGCGCUUUCCUAACAGUCCCUGGCUGCUGUGGUCUCCUUCUCUUACCCAGGCCCCUCCAGCAGACAUGUUUGCCAAGGCCUUUCGGGUCAAGUCCAACACGGCCAUCAAGGGGUCGGACAGGAGGAAGCUUCGGGCCGAUGUGACAGCUGUUUUCCCCACUCUUGGAACGGAUCAGGUCUCUGAGGUAGUACCUGGAAAGGAAGAACUCAACAUUGUGAAGUUGUAUGCUCACAGAGGGGAUGCAGUGACUGUGUACGUGAGUGGUGGUAACCCCAUCCUAUUUGAACUGGAGAAAAAUCUAUAUCCGACAGAUUUGAUGCCGCCAGGGCUAGUGGUGCCCCCUGCUGGUCUGCCUCAGGUACAGAAGGGUGACCUCUGUGCCAUUGCCUUGGUGGGGAACAGAGCCCCCAUUGCCAUCGGAGUUGCUGCCAUCACAGCCGAGAUGCUGACCUCAGGUCUGAAGGGAAGGGGCUUCUCUGUGCUCCACACCUACCAGGACCACUUGUGGCGAUCUGGAGACAAGUCCUCUCCACCAUCCAUUGCUCCACUGGCCCUGGAUCCCCCAGAUCUCAGUGAAGAGAAGGGGUCUGUCCAGGCAGACACCACCUUGCAGGGAGACAUGAGGCGCCUGACCCUGGAGGGAGAGGAGGAGGAGGGGGAGGUUCAGCAGAGGUGUGGGGAGAAGUCCCCGUCGGAAGCUACAGAAGACCCCAGUGUCGGGGGCCUGAGCCCAGAGCUCACGGACAGCAAGACCCUUCAAGAGCAAAUGGACGAACUGUUGCAGAGAUACUUCUUGCGUGCUUUGAAGUACCGCGUCAAAAAAGCUGACCUCACUUUACUCACCAGCACUCUCCUGGGCAGCCACAUGUUCUCCUGCUGGUUUGCAAGAUAAUUAAAAAUACCUACAUAUCAUCUCUGAGCACACCAGCUGUCCAUUAGCUAAUCAGUUUUGGCAAUACAGUGCACAGAGGUAUACCACCACUGGUUUCUGACAUUAAGUUAGCUUUAAGCUUAUUGGCUAUUCGUACAAUUGGAGGCAGCUUGGAACCCAGGCCCUGGAAAGCAUUUGCAGGGUUUACUACCCUUUUGCCUGACACCUUUUCAAUGGUGAGAGGUCUGGGCACAGACUUGCUAAUCCAAGGGUGUCUUAGUGCUUGAGCUGGGGUCAGGCGGGCAGAGGGGUCCCAGGUAAGACACCUUUUCAAAAAGUCUAUGAAGAAGUAAUCAUCACACCCCUUCAGUGCUGUCCGCUAGUCUUUGCUGCCUGGGGGACCCCGCUUCUUACCCCUCCGUGAACGACCGCCCACAAACACAACCCUCCCAUCUGCCUGACUGGUCACAAAACAGUAGCGAGGUAGGCCCCUGGAGUUAAUAAAGUACUUGGCACGUUUGGAUUGCUCCAGGAGUUUUGGUGGUGGCAUCCCUAGAAGCUCCAUCAUACAGGCCAGCUGGUCUCCUUCAUCCUCUCCAGGGAAGAGAGGAUGUCCUGUUAAAAGUUCUGCAAGGAUGCAGCCAAAACUCCACAUGUCAAUGGACGUGCUGUAGCGGCUUCCUAAGAUGAUCUCUGGAGCUCUGUAGAACCGAGACUGGAUAUAGGUGUAAAGCUUCCGGUACUCAAAACAGCUGGACCCAAAGUCAAUGACCUUAGUCGCACUGUGCCCAUAGUGUUUCAGGAGAAUGUUUUCUGGCUUCAGGUCACAGUGAAUGAUCUUGUUUCUGUGGAGAGCAUCCAAGGAUUGCAAGAUGGAUUGAGCAAACUUGCGAACCAACUGGAUACUAAAACCCUGGAACUUGUUUUUUUUCAUGAGCUCAUAAAGGUCUACGCUCAGUAACUCAAAGGCCAUGCAAACAUGGUUCCGGAACGUGAAACUUUCCAGCAUAUGAAUAACGUUCAUGCUACCGGUUUUAUCCCGCUUUUUAAGAUGCUCCAAAAUCCGGAUCUCCUCGGCUGCUUGGCGAUGGAAGUGCUUUUCAUUGCGUACCAUCUUCAGGGCCACGUACUGUCGAAGUUUGUGAUCAUAGACCCGGGCUACCUGCCCAAAACUGCCCUUGCCAAUAAUUUUCAGCACCUCGUAUCGAUAAGCUAGAUGGUCUCGAGGCACGUGAAUGUAGGCCCCAUCUGCAUCAUCAUAACCCCCAUUAUUGGGACCACCGAUAACUCCAUGUCUUUUUUUGGCAUUUGGACCCACAAAGUAAAUUUCUGGAUAAUUGAUGAUUUCCAGCUUCUCAUAAGCAGUGAGGUGGUGUUUAUACUGCUUCAGUGCUUGUUCUGGAGUCAGAGGCAACACUUUGGAUGCUUUGGAUGAACUGCUGGAUUUUACUGUAUUCACACGAUCUGAACUCUUACCCUGAGAAACUGUAGGAGAGCAUUUUUCAGAGUCGUUGAUGCCAUCUGACUGAAAAGUAUCAGAUCUUCUGUUGCCAAAUUCUUGAAAUAGUUGUUCUACCUUCAUCUCACCUCCAUUCAGGAAGCACUGAGUAGGAUCUCUUGUUAAAUGCUCAGUGGUGAUCUACGGCAAAGAGAAGUGAAUCUAUGUUAAAGUCACUAAAAACGGUGGAAGAACGAAAGAAUCGUCCCCCUGACUGAACAAAAGAACAAAACAUGCCAGUUGUGUAGUUAAAAGGCCCAAAAGUGAGAUAAGAAAAGCAGGAGUCUCUAGAAACUCGUGUUAUGUUAAUCCUUAGGUUCCCUGACUGCUGUGGCCACCCCAGCCCCACUACGUAGGCCUCCCUUUGUUCAAAACAAGACGGUCAUUUUACCAUACCCGAAACAUGCUAGAUUCCUUCUAACUGGUAUGUCUUCCUACCGAGAAUCUUUUCACCCCAUCCACUCAAAUCCUACGCUCUUUCAAAGCCCAAUGCUAGUCCUCCCUCUUCCACUUAGAACUACUCCAAGCCCAUACUAACUAUGACUCCACUCACAUCUUAGCUGCAGCUUUUCGAGUCUACCACGUAAUCUGGCCCUUGUUAUAUAUAUACUGUCCUAUAUUGUUCACAAACUGUUUCAAGUAUCUUCCCAAAUCUUAAGGGCAUGUACCAGGAGCAAAUGAAUACACAUUAAAGUGUUCUGUAAAUGAUAAAGGGACAGAGGCAGGAUGUGAUCCCCAGGUCUUCUGAAUCUGGGUCCAGAACAUUAACAUAACCUGGUACCAGCUUCUCCUAGUGCCUGUACUAUUCUCCAGUAGGGCUGAAUGUUGACCUUGGCCUGGAAUCAACCAAGGCCUCAUCAUCUACUCCUGGGUCCCCAAAUAAAUGAUCGCAUCUUUCUAUCUCAGUUCAUUGAAUCACAAAAUUUCUAAUCCAGAGAACUCUUGAGAUCACCAAGGCCAAUUCUUUAUGUAUCUGGUGAGUAGCAGUGAGAAUCUAAGGCCCCAGGGUGCUUCUUGUAAAACUCUCCUAAAGACAAAGAGUCUCCUUUCUCUCUCCUUCCCUUGCUCAUAGACACAUACACUAGUCUCCCUCAGCAAACGCCUACGUGACAAAGGCAUACAACUCUUUUUACUUGAUUUGGCAUCACCUUUUCCUGCAAGGAACAAUAACCCACAAAAGAAAACUCUGCUUAUUAAAUACCUCUGAAAUGAAAUAAGAUUCUUUGAAACUCGAUGGAGGGAAAGACAAUGAAAAAGCCAAAUGCUAAAAAAAAUACUAAGAAAAAUAUAAGAAUGUGCUAGAAGGAAAGAAGAAAAAAAGUGCUAAAUCUGUUGUUUAAAAAAAAAGUCUGGGAUACUUCAAAGAACAACUAUUUUUCUUAACAGACCCUGAAGAACUUUACCCCCGAUCUGUAUGAUUGAGAGCCUCUAUGAUCAGGGGUAGAUAAUUCCAGAGAAGCUCUGAGCUAUCUUUAUGAUCUCUUAAAAUAUAACGCAAAUUAUAAGGUAAUGAUCCAAAGUGGCCAACCAUUUAAAAAAGAGAAUUUUAAUAUAACCUAAGCAAACAACACCUGACCCAUCACCUAUAUAAAUAAAAAUAUAAAAGAUGUGAAUAUAAAAAACAAAAAAGGGAUGAAAAAAAAAUUAAGUGUUGGCAUACUUUAGACAGCCCCUAAUUUAGUUAUAAAAGCACGACAUUAGUUCCUGCCUGCUUCUUUUAGGUCAUUUAAUCAAUUUAAACAUUUAUAUAGUACUACAGUUACAAAAAUGAGGCACUGCACCAUCUUACAUAUAAGCGAAGCAGCCAGUACAACGGUAGCCAUACUUUGGCAUUGAGUUUCUAAAUAAAGAGGCAAGAUACGGACCAGGAGAGAUCUCUGAUACCAAAAUAGAGAACUAUCACUAGUCAAGAAAAUAAAACAGGCUGGCAGACAGAACCUAAAUACCUUGCUAAGAUGUAAAUAUAAUGCAACAUUUUGUUUAUCAGCAACUAAGUCAAAUAACCAUUCCUGUUUUUAGGGAUGGGAAAAAAAAGGUCUCAUCCAUCCAUCUAACAUUCACAUGAGCACUAAUUGUUCACAAUUAUAAAAGUGCCAAAAAACAGGUUACCUCAAGGCACUACAAUCUAUUAGGAGAUAGGUUUGGCUGAACUAGGGAAUUACAAUUAUUUGGUUUUAGGUAGAUUUACAUAACAAAACCAAAUAUUUGCAUGCAUCUAAACCAGUUUUCCUUAAGUUUUUACUACCUAACCUAAAUGCAUCUAAAUAUUUACUGCUAAAAUCUUGGGGACACGUUCUGAAGAAAUGUGAAGUCAGAAGGCCUAGGUUGGGGUCCUGGCUACACUGCUCAAAAACUGUAGGUCCCAGGGUAGGCUUAACCUUUAGCCCAGUUUCUUAGCCUCAAUUUCUUUACCUUUAAAGUGUGGAUAAUAAUACCUCCUUGCAGGAUGUUGUGUGAAUCAAAUUAUAAUUAAUAAUAUAUGUGAAAGACCCUCAGAAACUAUAAAACAUGUUAAAAACACUGGUAACAAUUAGGCAAAAUUCUCAAUAUAUUGUUUAAACUCCAAUACACCCUCCCUUUCCCCUUUCAGCUUAUCUUUUCUCUCUGUGGUGCCUUCCUCUGCAGUUCCAGACUCCCUCCACCAGACAUCUGGCAUUAACUAUGCCUUCUGCUCCGUGAAGGCCUGCACAAUCAGCCUUCCCUUAGGAUGCAUGGAAACACCUCACCCACUUUCUCCCCCACAUAAAACCUCCUUUCAACUUGCCAUGCAAUUUAAUGGGUUAUCUCUCCAGACAUAUUUGACCUUUAAAAAGAGCAAUGCCUUAACCCAAGGGAAUGACUCUCUAGGACCCGCGGUCAUCAAUGACAAGCUGGUAGGAAAGGUAUUUGUGGUCCAGGGUCCACCCCUGGGCAUUUCACCUACUCUACCUACAUGUAAGGCUGUGCUGGCUCUGGAGGUAUUCAUUUCUGUUUGUGGUAAAGAGAGGGUCUCAGGUACAGACUGUUAAUAAGAACAGAGAUUUAACUUCCACAGAACUAUUACAAUAAGAUUAAGGAUGUCAUUUGGAUUUCCUGACUCAUGGUUUUUCCCUAAAGUGAGCCUAAAUCUCUCUCUCUGCAAAUUAAGUCUUAUUUUGCCCUCCGGAACUACACAGGAGUGUCCAAAUUUCCAUGUUAAAGCCCUUCAGAUACCUAAAAGGGGCUGUCCUGCCUUCACCAUUUUUUCUCGAGGCUCAUCAUCCCCAUCACAUCCUCCACCUCACACAGCCUGGGUCAGGCUGCCUUACUAUAUCCUAUUCACGUUCUCAACACGUUAUGGGCUGCACGUUAUAUCUCUCUGCAAGUGUGGCUUCCAGAACAGAACAAGACACUUCAGGUCUAGUCCCCUGUAGACUGUCAAGGUUUGAACCUGCAAUGAAUCUGAAGAAUUCCAGAAAGAAAUUUUUCCACACAGGGAGGGGUUCUCGCCUUAGCUUUCUUUCCUUUCCUGUAAUAACUCAAAUACUGGUCUGAAUCAAUUAUGUAUCAAGUCUGCUGUGCUAUAAAUAAAAUCUUCCUUCCAUUGUUCUAGGAGAAUCUAGAAUUUUCACACAUAUUAAAGUAGUUACAAAACACUAUAUAUUUCUAGUCUAGGGUUAUAAUCACAAUAACUGACUAAUGUCUGCAAUCGACUUCAAAUAUUUUAACUAUGUAAUUAUAUCCAGAGAGUCAAAUAAUGCCAGAUUAAUCAUGUUUUAUUUAAGAAUGCUUCAUGUACAUUGUUAAUUUGGAGCGCUCUUUUUUUUUUUUUAACACCCUUGUAUUGGAGUAUAAUUGCUUUACAAUGGUGUGUUAGUUUCUGCUUUAUAACAAAGCGAAUCAGCCAUACAUAUACAUAUGUCCCCAUAUCUCCUCCCUCUUGCGUCUCCCAUCCUCCCUAUCCCACCCCUCUAGGUGGUCACAAAGCACCGAGCUGAUCAAUUUGGAGCACUCUUGACAUUUCAAAUAGAAUCUUCAACUGCGUUAAUCAAAUCUUAAACAUCUUGUUGAGAAAUUCAGAAAAGGAACAUCCUUCUCGUCCAGAUAUAAAACACCCCCCCUCCAUCGUUCUCGACCCUAAAUCUCUGCAACACAAGGCUAACCCAAUAAAAGCCUAUGAGCAGAUGAUUUAUAGUUUACAACAAGAAUGUAAGGGCAUCUUGGAUAAACAAUGAAGCCAAAGCACUUUGUGAAAUGAGCAAUAGCGUCUCGCAAUGGAGUCAUGGCAUAAUGAACUAUAAGUGUUACUAAGAGGUCAAAAGCACUUUUUUCAGCAAAAUUUGCAAAGACACCAUUGUUUUAGAAUCUAAAAUCUUGUGUUUUGCAAGCUGUGUUACUCUGAAUACCAUACAGUAAAAAAAUUCAUUUUGAUCCUGAAACAUACAAUUUAAUUGCCCUACUAUAUGGUGAUUAACACUGGUCAACUCUGAAGUAAAGUUAAAAUAGACUUUAAGUCACAUGAUGACGGACUGUAAAAGUUUCCCAGAGAGAUGUGCUAAUUGUCAGCAAGUAACCACGAAAUCUGAGAGUCAACACACGAGUAUAUAAGUGGUUCUGGAGCUCUUAGAGGUUUUUACAUAUUAAAAACAAUAAGCUUGUGGAGAAUGGAAACUUACUGCACUUUGGAAAGGAGAUUAAAAAUUGGGUGACCAGCCUUCCAAAUAUAUGUAGCCCGUAUCUUGUAAUAUUAUUAGCCUUGAAAGUAGUGAAGGGGUUGAUUUUUAAUGGCAAAAGCUGACAAACCGUUGGGAAGGACUAUGAAAAAUGCAAGCAGUGUUUUACAUAGAAAUAAUUUUAGGUCUUAAACAGAAAUAUGAAGGAGAAUUAUUGAUAAAUUAGUCUACUCAAUUAUUCAGUUUGUUCGUUGAUGAUAUAUGCAGCAAAUUUUAAAGUCACAGGAUAGAUUCUCCCUGUCAUGGAACUUGUCCAAAACCCUGCUCUCCCUACCUCUCUAUGAGUGCGGAGGGAAUGGGAAUUAAUUUAUUCUCUUAAACAUAAAACGGUGUCAAAAGCUAAAUGUCUGCAAGCUCCAAAAUGAUUAAAUGCAUCGAAACCAAAA